AUGAGGAUACCGUUAAAUGUGAUAGUGAUUUAUAUAACGUUUAACUGGAUACGUCAUUCAGAUGGAGCCUGUACCUUCCCAGACGAGAUCAGCGGUGUCUGGUACAGUGCUGACAAAGGACCACUUACCUUUAACUCUACCAUGAUCGUUAACUAUCCGAUCUUUAUGUCCUAUAGUGUCAACUCGCUCGAUUUCGUGUGUGAGGAAAAUGAUGGAUAUAAAUAUUUACUCAAGUCGACAACCACGACCCUUGUGUUUGGCAGUUAUAUAUAUGGCUACCUAUGUAUAGAGCUGAGGCGUGUUUCACCUUACAAGUAUUACUACUACAUAGGCACGACGGUGGAACAGACUGUGAACGAGCACAUCUACGGACGAGUGGCAGCGAUCACAGUUACUAUGACAGACGCUUGUAACAGAGCGGAACCAUACGAGGACAACACCUUCGUCAUGUUGGUCAAAGAUGGAGCCCCCUACUCCACUCUAGGCGAGGCCUCGUGUACAGGGCUGCUGGCAAACUACGGAAGUAUAACAGUGAAGGACUACACCGGCACCACUUCCUGUUCCGGGUCUUCUGUUGUAGGAUGUACUGACAGGACUCGACUUCAAUUUACAUACGCCUCUUGCGCAACAAGUAUGGUAUUUUCUGGUGCAGGCUUAUUCAUGUGUAUGAGGGCCGUUACAUACGGAGACUAUAUUUACCUGGCCCUGUGGAACAAUGACACCACUGUCGACGAUUCCUCUACAUUCAGAUUUACCUGUAUGGCGAUAGCAAACGAUGGUAGCAAUGCGUACUUGACGGAGUACCCGAGGUACUGCAAGGAGACCUCUCAGACUUCUGUAUCCGUCGCGACCCCCGGGAUCAUCAUGGAACUCAGCAGCCAGUCAGAAACGUGUGAAUCUAUCGUGGAUGGUGCCACUUAUCUGAUGUUUAUCGUCAUCAUGAUUACGAUUGGACCACUCAUCAUCCUCGGACUAGUGGUACUCACCUACUGCUGCUGUAAGAAAGGAUGUCCGUGUUCGAAGAAGAGCAGGUGGUGUGGCAAGAAGGGUGACAGCGGUAGUCGACCAUCGACCUCUUACUCACAACGGACUGAUACGGUUAAUAAUACUAUCUUCAAGCUGAAUAGUCUACCUCCAUUGAGGGUCAAAUACAAACGUCCAUUUGGGCCGAUUGUGGAGGCAAACAUGAUUCAACCCCUUCCAAAAGUAGAAUCUCUGUACAGUAAUGCCAAAGGAGACAGGCUUAUGUCGUCCAAGUCCAGGAAAGGAUCACUUGGAAGUUUAUUCAGUUUCAGUUAUAAAAAUUAA